GAGCUUCAGUGGAACCCAUGCACCGUGAUCAGUGCUAGAACCACGAGCCUCUCGCCGUCGCCGUUCACUGCGCCCACACCCACCAGCACUCCCUUCUCGCUGCUCCUCCGCUCCGCCGCGACGCCAUCACUCCGCUCAGCACCUUACUGCCAGCAUUGACCCCGGUAUGCAGACGUAGCGAGCCGUCGGAGGCCUGAAGCUUCACGCUGUGCGGCAAUUCACCACACAGCGAAGGACCAGGCCCGCCCGUGGCUCGUCCUGCCAUUUCACACCUGCACACCCACAUCAACCACCACCGCCAGCGACAGACGCCGCAACAGAGCCCAUCCGCGCCGGCGGCAGCCUUCCUGCGCACCUCUGCGGCGUGCAGCGAGCCCGGCGCUUCAGAAGGCGGCGAAGGCACUCGAGACGACAUCAUUGCAAAACCACGCGGGCCCACCGGGCACCGUUCUCUUCACACCUCAUGUCGACACCACAGACACUUACGCAACUGCUGCCACCGCACCAGCACAUGGACCGACAGCACGUCGGCUAUCUCCCCUCACCACAAGACCGCUAUCUGCCUCCUCCAAGGCCCUCGAGCAACGCGAGCGCCGGCUACCAUCAGCAAAUUCCCACCAGACCGUCGAGCAACCUCUCCAAUCGCCAACUGCCACCUCCACCACGUCCGGGCAGCGGCAUGAGCAAUAGUGCAUACUCGCAUGCACACUCGCAGUCACAAGCAACUGGAGGGGCCGAGUACGGCUAUUCAAGCAGCACAUCACAGCAGGGCGGCUUCGACGAGUUGAUGAGGAGGCAGACUGACGCUGCUGUGGGAUAUCAAAAUCGAACACUUCCGCCUCCGCCAGCACCACAGCAGUAUAUUACACCCGGAUCACGCGGUUCUGCUGCAGGUGGUGCCGAGAUGCCCGCAACACAUGGCGGCUAUACGAGAGCAGACUCAGCAGAACAAGGACGAAAGCGCCGGCAGCGAGAGCGGGCACCCGUAGACUGGGCUGAGUUUUAUGGAGGCAAGCCGCCGGCGGAAAUUAUCACCAUCCACGACGACGACAGCCCCGUGCCCGAAGCUACAAUUCAGCGCCUACCACAGGCGUCGAACGCUUCAUCCUCCUCGCAUCACGUUGACAAGAGACGGCGCACGAAUGGAGGCGGCGGUGACGUGCCACAAUAUAGCACCACCAACACGCCCUACUCUUACACCAACGGCGGGUCUACUGAGAGCCUGCACAAUACAACUGCGCCCACCUCGCUUGGGUCUCAAGCCAGUGCAGGAGCGCAACAGCCACGAGAGCAGCUGACCGGUGCACGAGCCGGCGACAAGAGGAAACGCAAUGCCAAGGCACCAGAGGUCGACCGAAAGAAGCAAGAGGCGAGCCGACCUGGCGCUGGCAGGGGCUACUUGGCCGAAUAUGGCGAGUACCAAACACCGCCGCGACAGCUCAAGAAGCAAAAAGAGGUGGUGGUGCCGUCGAUCCCAGACCGUUCAAAGCCGAACGAAAAGAUUGAUGACGAAGAUGGUCAUUAUAUCGUUCAGGAGAACAGCAAGCUCGGUGAACGCUACAAUCUAGUCUCUCUGCUGGGACAAGGCACUUUUGGCAAGGUAGUGAGAGCGGUUGAUACCCGCACCCGCAAGGAGGUGGCAGUCAAGAUCAUCCGCGCUGUGCCAAAGUACCGCGAUGCUAGUCGCAUUGAGCUCAGAGUGCUGCAGACACUGCGAGCGGCUGACGAACACAACCGAAAUCGCUGCAUUCAACUUCGCGAUUGCUUCGACUGGCGAGGGCACAUUUGCAUUGUCACUCCUCUGCUCGGACUCUCAGUCUUCGACUUUCUAAAAAGCGGCGGCUUCGUUCCAUUCCCAGGCUCACACAUCCAAGCCUUCGCACGUCAACUCCUUGGAUCUAUUGCAUUCUUGCAUGACCUCAACCUUAUCCACACCGAUCUGAAGCCGGAGAACAUCCUGCUACUCAGUCAUACGUACCAGACAUUUACCUACAACCGCAACAUUCCCUCCUCAAGUACGUUGACCUCGAGGUCAGCCAAGUUCCGGAGGGUGUUGCUCAGCCCCCACAUCAAUCUCAUCGAUUUCGGGAGUGCAACCUUUGAUGACGAGUACCACAGCUCCGUGGUCAGCACACGACACUACCGGGCGCCGGAGAUUAUACUUGGAAUUGGAUGGUCGCACCCCAUCGAUCUGUGGUCACUCGGGUGCAUUCUGGUGGAAUGCUGGACUGGUGAUGCGCUUUUCCAGACUCAUGACUGUUGCGAGCAUCUCGGCAUGAUGGAGGCUGUCACUGGUCAUAGCAUUGACCGCAGCUUGAUCCGGGAAGUCAACCGACUGUCCAAGCGAGGAGACCGCAACUCCGCUGCACGCUUUUUCAAGAACGGCCACUUGCAAUACCCAAUGCCGGACACACCGCGCCAAUCUAGGAAGUUCGUGCGGGGCAUGAAACGGCUCGAGGAGAUUAUUCCAGCAACAAAUCAGUUCAACAAGCUGUUCCUGGACCUGCUCCGCAAGAUCUUUGUGUAUGACCCCAAGAAGCGCAUCACAGCGAAGGAAGCGCUGAAGCACCCGUGGUUCGAUGAACUUGUGGAAGACGAUGGCACAGAAGCUACGCGCAUCAGGAUUGAACGGGAGAGAAUGGUCGAGAACGGCGGUGGCCGAGUGCGGUAGGAGUGAUGGAUUCCCAGCCUGGAGCAAGGACCUUUGGUCUUGCUGAGAUAUUGGGAGGAAAGUGCGAUAUGGCUGAUACGCGCCGCUUGCUCGGACGCAAUGAUUGAAUGAUGGAGUACAGUCGGAGUUCAAGGGCGGAUGUUUGACGUGGUUUGUCCCGUUUAGUGGACAGACGGCAGCCAUUACUUCCGGAUCGCCCUCCCAUGGUGGAAGAGUGGCAUGAAACGAUGCAUCGCUUGCGGAUUUCGACAAUCUGGCAUAGGCGAGGCGUUUUCUAGUCUUGAAUUGUGGAUCGAUCUUGAUACAGACAUAUGCAGAGAAAGGCUGUUGUCUUCUCUUCUGACGAGUAAAGUCUUGCUGAGCAGAACUUGUAGGAUACUCCAGCAUUGAAGCAUUUUGUCUAAGCUGCAAUUGAAGACGUUAGCACAUGCCGAGUCAUUGUCAUGCAUCUGUGAGCAUUGGUGAGCGAUGCCAAGGGACAGCGACUUGAGCCGCUUGGGUCUCCACUUUCACCCCACAUAUACUCGCAU